CUGAAUCAUAGGUUCCUUCUAAGUUAUUACCCAGCACUCGCAUCUUGCAUGGCUCCCCUCCACAUAUUACAACCAAGAGUCUGCCACGUCACCCGAUGCCCCACACAUCUCCGAGUGGGCCCUUACAUCAGAGCCACCUCCAGCCGUUACCAAUCCCCAUAACCACAAACAAUCACAGAGACCAAACCUUAUAAAGGAGUACAAAGCUUAGCACUGAGUUUCAGUUGCGUGUGGCUUGCUUCUCUGAAUUGGGUUUUAGGCAGCCAUGACAGUGGUUACACGUGUCUCCCAGAGAACCCAUUCCGCCAUUAGUCCCACCUCCGUUUUGGCUCUGGCUUGCCCUUUCUUGCUUCUGGUCUCUUCACCCAUCACUCCCUGUUUUGGAUUUUCUGGUGUUGGACAAGAAGAUGAGAGAAACAGAGGAGGGGAUUUGUAUCAGGAAAUAUUGAGAGAUGAGGCUGUGGCAAGACUUCAUCAGCUUGGAAAGGUAAGUGAUGGUGAUGGUUAUCUUGAGAGGAUAUUCAUGACCCCAGCAGCUGUGAGGGCUGGAAGUCUUAUCCUCGAAUGGAUGGAGGAUGCUGGUUUGAGAACGUGGGUUGAUUGCUUGGGAAAUGUACAUGGUCGAGUUGAGGGUACAAAUGCUAGUGCUGAGGUUCUAAUACUUGGUUCUCAUUUGGAUACUAUUGUUGAUGCCGGGAUAUUUGAUGGGUCUUUAGGCAUCAUUUCUGUGGUAUCUGUAUUGAAGGUUUUGAGUAUCGAUGGAAAAUUGGGAGAACUAAAGUGGGCGGUUGAGUCCUUGUUCAGUGGUGUGACAAUCCAAGAAGCUCCUAAGAAAAACUCCAUUGCAGUUACAGAGGAGCACUUGCAGCAGCUCAGAUAUGACCCAAAGUCAGUUUGGGGUUAUGUUGAGAUUCACAUUGAACAAGGGCCUGUACUGGAAUGGGUUGGUUUUCCUCUAGGAGUUGUUAAAGGCAUAGCUGGACAGACAAGACUAAAGGUUACAAUGAGAGGUUCCCAGGGGCAUGCUGGAACAGUUCCAAUGUCCAUGCAUCAUGACCCUAUGGCUGCUGCUGCGGAAGCCAUUGUAUUGUUAGAAAGCCUAUGUAAGCAUCCGCAAGAUUUUCUGUCUUUUGAUGGUCAAUGCAAAAGUUACUCAUUAGAAUCACUUUCAACUUCACUCGUUUGUACCAUUGGUGAGAUAUCGACUUGGCCAAGUGCAAGUAAUGUUAUUCCAGGACAGGGAACAUUCACAGUAGAUUUACGUGCAAUUGAUGACAUAGGACGUGAAGCUGUUGUAUGUGAAUUAUCUAACCGAUUGUAUCAAAUAUGUGAUAGGCGUACAGUUUUGUGCACAAUUGAUCGUAAGCAUGAUGCAAAUGCAGUCAUUUGCGAUUCUGAGCUGACUUGGAAGCUGAAGUCAGCAGCUUAUCUUGGGCUCAAGAGAAUGACAGGUUCUGUUCAGGAUGAAGUACCUGUAUUAAUGAGUGGAGCAGGACAUGAUGCAAUGGCUCUGUCUCAUUUAAAUAAGGUGGGUAUGCUUUUUGUCCGCUGUCGAGGAGGCAUAAGUCACUUCCCUGAAGAACAUGUAUUGGAUGAUGAUGUUUAGGCAUCUGGUUUGGCAAUCCUGGCAUUCAUAGAGACUCAGCUCUAGAUUGGAACAUUUUUGUCGACAUUAUUGUUUCUCAUUUUACUAGUACUGUGACAUUUUCUAUUCUUUAUUUACUAGUACUGGAGGUCUAGCCAUUGGAAGUGAGACCCCCGCUGCCCCC